ACGAGCUGUAAUCAGCUUCAAAUCAGUCAGUCGAGCAAGGAUGUUUGGUGUGUGUAGUGGUAGUUAGAAUGCGUGCGUUAUUUAAAUAAAACACUGACCUUAAAUGGUGACCUUUUUCAAAACAUUAACCAAGUGGCGGUAACAAAUUCAAGUGAUACCAAACAUAUUUUUUCUUAUCAGGAGUACCAUUUCUAGAGAUCCUCCCGCGAUGAUUCUAAACCCUCAACGAUGGAAUUGAGCCAAGUGUCGGCGUUGGAAGCUUCAAGGAGUGGCAGAAGCCCAACAACAAGCCCCGACACGAUGUAACUCCAAGACUGACUUUCCAAUGGGUGCCAACAUGGGCAAAAACACAUCGCUGCUUGAUGCGUUGCCAUCAGGUCAGGGCACCCUCCACGUGGUGAUGCUAGGCUUAGACUCGGCGGGCAAGACCACCGCCCUUUACCGCUUAAAAUUCGACCAGUACCUGAACACAGUUCCAACGAUAGGCUUCAACUGCGAGAAAGUGAAAGGCAUGAUGGGCAAAGCCAAAGGCAUCAACUUCCUCGUGUGGGACGUSGGCGGCCAGGAGAAGUUGCGCCCCCUGUGGAAAUCAUACACUCGGUGCACGGACGGCAUUGUGUUUGUUUUGGACAGUGUGGACGUGGAGCGCAUGGAGGAGGCCAAGAUGGAGUUGAUGCGGACGGUCAAAGCCCCGGAAAACUCCGGAGUGCCCAUUCUUGUGCUGGCCAACAAGCAGGACCUGCCGGGGGCGCGCGAACCGCGGGAGUUGGAGAAGCURCUGGGCUUGACGGAGUUGGGCAGUGGGGGCGGCCAUCUGUGGCACGUGCAACCGGCCUGCGCCAUCACCGGGGACGGCCUCCAGGAGGGCUUGGAGGUCCUCUACGAAAUGAUUUUAAAAAGACGGAAGUUGGCCAAAAUGUCGAAGAAGAAGACGAGGUAAAAAGUGCUUCGGUAGUCAAUGUACAUUUUUUAAUUUGUUCCGACUUUCGGUGCAGUGUUUUCUCUAAUAAUAACAAUGCAGUAUCAAAAUUAGAUUAGUGAGACUUUCGACACGUCCAUUUUGUUGUUUUAUGGAAAACCCCUCUGUGAUAUUCUUAUUGAAAACACUGUUGUACAAGCCAGAAGCUUGCCUCUUUCGAAAUAGUGAGUGUUUUAUAUCAAUUUUGAGAAACGGCUAGGUUUUUUAAAUCCCUUGUUAUGAGAAACGACAAAUUCUAAAGUGUAAAUAGGUAAUUUUGUAAAUUUGGGUUCUUUCGAUAGUUCACACAGCACAAAGGAGCGAUUUCUCCAUUUUUAACGUGUUUGCAUCAACAAUAGUUAUUACAUGUAUUCUCCUAUGCAAGAAUCCACUGCGAUUUGUUAAGGUUUUACCUUAAUUAUAGUUUGCACGCUUGAAAGUGAAACGAUGAGUAUUAUAUCAUUGUAUAAUGAGAAAGCAGUGUGAAAAUAUACCCAGAUGGUUCCCAUACGCUUUAUUACGUCGAAAUGUGCAAUUCUAGAUCAUAAAUAACUAUUUUCUUGAAUAGAAUUGACACCCAUCACUUCUUCCACUCAAACAAUGAGAGUCUUAUUACAAUAAAUUAAUAUAAUAGAAAAGUCUGAAUACUUCCAAGUGCAUUUUUGUUGUCUCCUCCCACGUGACAAUUCGAUUCAAGAGUUUAGUUGUAUUACCAGAACCAAAGGUGCUCAUUUAUUUAUAAGUAGUUUUAGUUAUUAGUUAUUACAUUAAAUUGAGAAAAAUGAUCGGCUCAAGAAAACAUAUUUUCCCUGAAGAGACAUCGAGACAAUGACUACAAGCCAUCCAGUUCUUGUAAAGUGUGUUAUAUUUUCAAUUUAAAGUAAUAAUAAAUCGGACGACCAAUACAAACCACCAUAUUGUUCGAUAUCGGCCUUCACCCAAAAUUUUGCAAUUAGUGUGUUACCGGCCCUACCCUCUCCCGUUAUUUUGUUGUUAUUACUGUCCUAUUUAAUGUUAAAUUAAUAUUAGAAUUGUAUAACCAGAAUUAUUAUUCCUGUUGCUCGCCAUGUUUAUAUAACGUAAAUCUGUAAAUAUGUACCUAAAUGUAAUAUAAUUUCUAAAUAUUAUUAAACCAUAUUUGUUUUAUAAAA